CGAUUUUGCGUUAAUCAAGCACAUAUCUUGUGUUUAUUCACCAACCAUGGCGACAGUCGAUCUCAGUCUGCAACGGACGUUGCUCCUUGACGACGAGGUUCUUUUGAACCAAUUACCGCCAGAAUUAUUGGAAGUGAUUCGCAACCAAACCACCGCGAACUUCCUCGACGCCAUCGCUGCUGCGGCGUUGAUACCCCGGCUCACAAGCCCUGUUUUCGUUUACUUCGAGCAUGUCUUUGCCGACAUCUGUGCACGAUGGCUGCUUUCGUCUCGCAAUGCGGGACAGGAGGACCAGAUUAUCGCUGCUUUUGCGAGAAUCCUCCCUUUUGCACCUCAUUUUUCUGUCUUCUUAGAACAGUAUAUAAGUGACACCUCAGCUCUGCAUAUUAUUGAAGCACGGCCCUUCACCCUCAACUCAUUGAACUCAUCAAACUCAUCACAUACUGGCCAAUUAUCCGAGUUAGAUCUUGUGCAAGCUCUUCUUGCUCUCUGGAGACUCUUGAAUUUUAAUCAAGGAACUUACGGCUCACUUGUACAACCUUCUCAAAUACAAGCUUUAUUUGGUCAUGAGAGAGCUGCAGUGAGAUAUCUUGCAAUCAAGGUAUUCUGUUGUCAGAUGAAUGCCUCGGAAUUCAAAGAAGACGAGCUUAUGAAGACUCAUGUCAAUCUUGAGUCUACUCCUACUGAUUCUCUAUUUUCUGACCUGGAUGGAACCCAUGUUGACUAUGCUUUCCUGUCUCUAUUUGAGCACAAACGGGCUAUAGAGAUGGACAUUCUUCGCCAGGAAGUGAAAAACGCUUACGCAACGAGAUCGCCUAUCGUCAGGAUCCCUGCACAACAACUAACAGACAGGGUAUUACGGUAUGGAAACAUCAUCUUCCCUCGUCCCAGUGGCCCGCCUUCUUCUCGCUCAAAUUUGGUACAUACCCCUACAACCUUGACAAAUCUUGAGACACUCGCAGCAAACCUUCAGAAACCCGGGCCUAUUCUUCUUCAUGGCCUGCCAGGAUCUGGAAAGACAUCGAUCGUACAUGAAUUAAGCCACGAACUUGGUAUGGAGUCUAGCAUGGUGACGCUGCACCUUAAUGAACAGACCGACGCCAAGAUGCUUAUUGGUCUAUACUCAACAGACUCAAAGCCCGGCUCUUUUUCAUGGCGACCAGGCGUCCUGACUACUGCCGUUCGCGAAGGCCGUUGGGUUUUGAUUGAGGAUUUAGAUAGGGCUCCUAAUGAGCUGAUGAGUACACUGCUUCCAUUAGUUGAAAGUGGUGAGCUAUUAAUACCCAGUCGAGGAGAGAAGAUUGAAGCAUCUAGCACAUUUCGGCUGUUUGCCACUGUAAGAACUACGAGAGGCACACAUGGUCAGGAAAAUAUACCAAGUUUUCUGGGCCAGAGGUUCUGGAAUCUAUCAAGCAUGAAGACACCCUCUUACGCAGAACUGGAGCAAAUAGUCGUCGGAAGUUAUCCUUUAUUACACAAGUAUACUUCUAUGAUCAUGGCUGUUUAUAAACGGCUCUGCAGCGCCACCUCAAUGAACCCUGGGCGUGCUACUGAACGCCCUAUUACUCCUCGAGAUCUUCUCAAAUGGUGCCGCCGGCUUACAGAACUACUUGUUGCCGCUGGUUGCAAGACAGGCGAGGAGCCAAUUAGCGAAAGAACGCGAGACUGGAUGUUCUUAGAAGCCAUUGAUUGUUUUUGUGGGAGUCUUGCUAAACAGGAAAUGAAAAAUUUUCUUCUUAGCUGCGUCGCCGAGGAGAUGCACAUACCGAAGCAGCUCAUGGAGCAUUACCUCGAUGCCUAUGUUCCACAACUAGAGGAUAGCCUCAAAAUUUUUAGAAUAGGCAGGGUUACGUUGACCAAACAUCGCCAUGGGAAUAGGGUGGCGAAGUCAAAGAAGCCUUUUGCAAACACCAGCCACGCAAAGCGACUCUUGGAACAGAUCGCGAUAGCCAUCAAACUGCAAGAGCCUGUGCUCCUUGUUGGCGAAACUGGAAUCGGCAAAACAACCAUUGUGCAGCAGUUGGCAGACACUCUUGGCCAUAAGCUCGUUGCUGUAAACCUGUCACAGCAGAGUGAAGUGGGCGAUAUUAUUGGAGGAUUCAAGCCUGUCAAUGCCCGUAGCCUCGCAGUGCCCCUGAAAGAGGAGUUCGAGGAUCUAUUUGCUUCGACUGGUAUAUCCGCUGCGAAGAACCAGAAAUAUCUUGAACAAAUAGGGAAGUGUACCGCUAAGGGGCAGUGGACUCGUGUCUCGAAGCUAUGGCGUGAAGCGCCUAAAAUGUUCAAUAAAAUUGUGGAUGAGCUUCAGGCAAGAGCGGAAGUCAAGAACGGAGAUUCAGAUGAGAGACCAGCUGUCAAGCGACGCAAAACGGAGUCGAAACUGCAAUCUUUGAUUGAACUGAGACCACGCUGGGAAUCAUUUUCGAAAAACUUGGACCAAUUCGAUAUUCAAAUUUCCGGAGGCUCUGGUAAUUUUGCUUUUGCGUUUGUGGAAGGCAACAUUGUUAAGGCUGCGAGGAACGGAGACUGGGUUCUACUGGAUGAGAUCAACCUUGCAUCUCCUGAUACGCUCGAGAGCAUUGCUGACUUAUUAGCGUCUGGACCCAAUGAUGAGCCCUCUAUCUUAUUGUCUGAAACCGGAGAGAUUGAGCGCGUAAAAGCCCACCCGAACUUCCGGAUUUUUGGUGCUAUGAACCCAGCUACAGACAUUGGCAAGCGGGAUUUGCCCCUAGGGCUUCGCUCUCGUUUUACCGAAUUAUACGUUGGUAGCCCAGACAAGGACCUGAAGGAUCUCCUUACCAUCAUCAAAGCCUACUUAAGUGGGAAGAGCGCGAAGGAUGACCAAGCUGCGGAUGACAUAGCAAGAUUGUAUCUGAACACCAAAAGUCGGGCGGAUGAGAAACGCCUCGUCGAUGGUGCCAAUGAAGUACCUCAUUUCAGUCUUCGAACACUUACCCGCGUUCUGACCUAUGUUAAUGAUGUGUCACCUUUCUAUGGCCUGAGACGAUCGCUUUUCGAAGGAUUCUCCAUGGGCUUCUUGACGCUCCUUGACAGAGCGUCGGAAGAGACACUUGUUCCUUUGAUUCACCAUCACCUCUUGGACAGACAUGGCAAUGCGCGAUCACUACUCUCCCAGCCGCCCAAACAUCCCAGUGACGGAAAAGAAUAUGUGAAAUUCUUGAACAGAAAUAAGGACCGCCAUUACUGGCUACUAAAAGGUGCCGAAACACCAAUGGAACGCUCCGACUAUAUCAUCACACCCUACAUAGAAAGAAACCUCUUGAACCUUGUACGGGCCACAUCUACGAGACGAUUCCCAAUUCUUAUUCAGGGUCCCACCUCAGCCGGCAAGACCAGUAUGAUCGAAUAUCUGGCAAAUUACAGUGGCAACAAGUUCGUUAGGAUCAAUAAUCACGAGCACACUGAUUUACAAGAAUAUCUUGGAACUUACGUCUCAGAUGCUACUGGUAAAUUACAAUUCCAAGAGGGGCUCCUAGUGCAAGCCUUGAGACAGGGACAUUGGAUCGUGCUAGACGAGCUGAAUCUUGCCCCAACUGACGUACUGGAGGCGCUUAAUCGACUCCUGGACGAUAAUCGUGAGCUGCUUAUUCCCGAAACACAAGAGAUAGUCCGCCCUCAUGAAAAUUUCAUGCUUUUCGCUACCCAAAACCCAGCAGGUUUAUACGGCGGAAGGAAGGCAUUAUCACGCGCCUUCCGCAAUCGCUUCCUUGAACUCCACUUCGACGAUAUACCCGAAGAUGAGCUUGAGACGAUUCUUCAAAAGCGAAGUCUGUAUACUGCGCCAUCUGACUGUAAGAGAAUUGUCAACGUAUAUAAAGAACUAUCAAGAUUACGACAGACCAGUCGUCUUUUUGAGAACAAGGAUAGUUUUGCCACGUUGAGAGACCUCUUCAGAUGGGCCUUGAGAAGUGCGGAAUCGCGAGAGGAGAUUGCAGCCAAUGGUUUCAUGUUACUAGCUGAAAGAGUAAGGAAUGAGGAAGAGCGCGUAGCGGUCAAGAAGGUUAUCGAAACCGUUUUCAAAGUAAAAAUCAACCAGGAUCAGCUCUAUGAUUUGCAGCGAUCCCCAUUCUUACGCGUACAGCCUCCGGACAACAGUCAAGGCGUUGUAUGGACUCAAGCGAUGCGUCGACUUUACGUUCUAGUCGCAAGCGCUCUUCGCCACAAUGAACCGGUGUUAUUAGUCGGAGAGACUGGUUGUGGUAAAACUACUGUUUGCCAGUUGCUUGCUGAACACCUGGGCAAAGAACUUCACAUUGUUAAUGCACAUCAGAACACGGAGACGGGGGAUCUUAUCGGGUCGCAGCGACCUAUUCGAAACCGUGGGGCAAUCAUAGACAAAUUGCUGAAGGAUGUUAUACAAGCACUUCAAGUUCUGGGCCAACAUGCAAAUGGUGAUCUAGAUCAGCUCUUGUCUGCGUACCAUGCUCUUGAUAGCUCAUCCUUAGCUAAAGUUCCAAAAGACUUGCAACAACGAAUCUAUGAGAAAGAAGUAAAGAGCAAGGCACUGUUUGAGUGGGCUGACGGUAGUCUUGUCCAAGCCAUGCGCAGUGGCCAGUAUUUUCUUCUAGAUGAGAUAUCGCUUGCAGACGACUCUGUUUUGGAACGACUCAAUUCUGUCCUGGAGCCGCAGCGCACCAUUCUGCUUGCUGAGAAAGGGAUUGACAACUCUUUCGUCAGGGCUGAUGCUGGUUUCCAAUUUCUAGCAACGAUGAAUCCCGGGGGCGACUUCGGCAAGAAAGAGUUAUCGCCAGCUUUAAGAAACAGAUUCACAGAAAUAUGGGUGCCACCAUUGUCGGAUAAUAGCGAUAUCCUUCAAAUCGUUUUAUCGAAACUUGAGAAAGGCCAUAAACCAUUCGCUAAUGCGAUAGUUGACUUCACGUAUUGGUUCGGUAAAACUUUCCGGUCCACAACCUCGACAGCAUUCUCGAUUCGAGAUAUCUUGGUCUGGGUUGAUUUCAUUAAUAGCAGUCGGAAUCAAGACGGGGCAUUCUCCGUUGUACAAGGAGCGGCAACCGUUUUCAUUGAUACACUUGGCGCGAACCCGUCGGCGCUGAUUGCUAUUGACCCUAAAAGCUUGGACGAACAGCGGCAGAAGUGUGUCAAUAAGCUAAGUGAACUUCUCGGCUCCGAUGUUGCUUCGAUAUACCAUGCACACUUAAACCUUUUCAUUGUACCCACUGAGCUACGAAUUGGGGAAUAUGCCAUCGGUCGAAAAUCAGACGCGAAUUUCGAAGUUGGCUUUGCUUUGAAUGCGCCGACUACCAAAAUGAACGCAAUGAGGGUCAUACGGGCACUACAAGUGCAAAAACCUAUUCUUUUGGAAGGCAGCCCUGGUGUAGGCAAGACAACGUUAGUUAGUGCUCUUGCCCGGGCUUGCGGUCAGCCUUUGACGAGGAUCAACCUCUCGGAUCAAACUGAUCUCAUGGACCUAUUCGGCACCGAUGUGCCAGUUGAAGGCGCCGAAGCUGGUCAUUUCGCAUGGAGAGAUGCACCAUUUCUACGAGCUAUGCAGAAUGGCGAAUGGGUGCUUUUAGAUGAGAUGAACCUUGCUUCACAGUCAGUUCUUGAGGGUCUGAAUGCUUGCCUUGAUCAUCGUGGAGAAGUCUACGUCUCUGAACUGGACCAAGUUUUCAAGAGACAUCCAAACUUUCGCCUCUUCGCUGCUCAAAACCCGCACCACCAGGGUGGUGGAAGAAAGGGGUUGCCCAGCUCAUUUGUUAAUCGUUUCAUUGUUGUGUAUGCAGACGUUUUUCGCGAUGAGGAUCUUCUUCUAAUAGCAAGCCACAACUUCCCCAGUAUCCCUUCCGAAACCGUUAGCCGCAUGAUCAAGUUUAUUUCUAAUCUUGAGACGCGUAUACAAGCUGAGCGGGCUUUUGGGUCCCAAGGCAGUCCAUGGGAAUUUAAUCUUCGUGAUACUCUUCGUUGGCUUCACCUGCUUACUUCAACAGAUAGCCUCCUUUCCACAGGAAAAGCUGGCGAUUUUUUGGACAUCGUCAUACGCCAGCGAUUUCGAAACGAUAGAGACCGUUCAGAAGUCAGUAAAUUGUAUAUCGAAGCUUUUGGGGCUCCCCCUGAAAAUCACCAGCUAUACCACAGCACCAACGCUUCAGCUUUCCAAGUGGGCUUAGCCUGCAUGUUGCGAAACAAAUUUCUAAAGCCUGCACGCCCACCGGGCAUCAACAUUAUUGCUAGGCUGAAGGAGCUAGAAUCGCUACUUGUAUGCGUCAAACACAAUCUCCCUUGUAUCUUGGUUGGGCCCUCGGGUUGUGGCAAGUCUACACUUCUCCAGCAUAUGGCCUCUCAAGCUGGCAAGUCGCUCGUUACGUUUCCGAUGAACGCUGACAUUGAUGCCAUGGAUCUCAUCGGCGGUUUUGAACAGUUAGACCCUUUAAGAGCGGUCAAUGUUGCGAUGAGGAAGCUGAAAUCGACUUUGAUAUCGUCAAUUCUUGAUAUUAUGCCGCAGACUGUUCCCAAUGCGGCUGUUGAUCUUAUACACACCCUUGAGAGUACAAGCCAAUAUCUGAAGAAUCGUACUUAUCUGUUAGGUCUAAUUGAUGGGCUCCACGCUCAAACAUCUUCUAAUUCAGACCUUGUAAGAGCUCUCGAUGAGGCGCAAAGCCUUCUUCAACGCGCGACGACUAUCGCAGAUCCAAAGUUUGAAUGGUUGGAUGGAGUUAUCGUCAAUGCUCUACAAAACGGCGAGUGGCUUGUACUCGACAAUGCGAACCUUUGCAGCGCUUCUGUCUUAGAUCGGCUGAACUCGUUGUUAGAGCCAGAAGGGUCGUUAAUCAUGAACGAGCACUGUGGAGCUGAUGGGGAACCUCGGAUCAUCAAGCCUCAUCCAGACUUCCGCAUAUUCUUAACAGUUGAUCCUCGAUACGGCGAGCUCUCUAGAGCCAUGAGAAAUCGUGCCGUAGAGAUCUACAUCGAGCCAUGCUCUUCAACUAUCAAGGAUUGGGCAGGGAAAAUCCCAGAUGUCGAAGCAAGACUUGAGAGAUAUAAACUGAUGGAUGCAGCCAGGUCUCGUGAUCGUGCUAAUGACCCAAGUUGGAGUCAGUUAGCUAUAGAUAGUCUAUGCUUUGAUGACCUGAAACUUACCUCAAGGCUAAAGAGCGUAACCGGCUUCUCAAUUUUGGCAAACACAACUUAUGGACAUCAUCUCACUGCUGAGCAAAUUGACAACUCAGCUGGUUCAAUCGCUCCAUCACAAUUGACUGUUGAUGUACUGAACUCGACAAGAAGAAGCUUAUGCGAAAUACCAACCGAAAGCUCUCUCCAUGGCAUUAUGGAUUUUAUGACGUUGCAUCCAUUGCACAACUCUCCCAUCGUAUCUCUUUUGCACGGGCACUCUACGCAGUUGCCGUUCUGGUUGGCAAUAUGCUACGAACUGUCUUGGACGUUAGCAGGAGCUUGGAAUGACCUUGAAUUAGAAAAGUCUCGAGCGGUCAACCUCCAAAUAUCUGGUCUGAAUAGACUCCAACGUUCUUUCGUUGCAGAUAAAGUCGCCGCUGUUCACAAAGACUCAACUAUACGAUCUGCCAAAUUCCUUGUGGGUGUCCUGCAAGCAAUUGAGAAUUAUCUUAGAGAACGAUUACAAGUCCCUGAUUCUUGGAAAGAAAACAAAUAUGUUCUCCGGGACCUACUUCACUUCUGGAAGAGAACAUUUUACUAUCUGGUUCAGUCACCCUUUGAAGAGGCAACGUUUCAGGCCCAUCUUGGUCAGAUGUCUGCAAAUUUGAAUAAUCACUUGCUCAGUAUUGACACUGGUGAUACUCGUCAAUUACUUGCUGAUAUCGCGAACGGAUUGGGCGAGUGCUUCAACUCUGGAUUCAAACUCUCGACAGGUUUGGGGAUGGAGAGCUUGUGGAAACUGCUGAGGCCCAUACCGGUCCAAAAUGAGCGAACGUUUGAACAGCUUCUUCGCAUGGAGAGCCUUGCGGCCCGUUUUGACCAAGUAAAAUGGAAAUCGAUGGCUACCCCGGCGGGCCUGUCUAAAACUAUGGACUCUUUUAUUCGAGCCUAUCGUCUUGUGCGGCUAGGCACAGCCGAUACCGAUGGCCUCUUCCAGUUGCUAGAAGCUGAGAUUGAACAAAUGCAAGCCCGCUACGUCGAUGAUAGUGCACCUGUUCCACCAUUUCUGGCCACGGAGUUUGAAACCAUCAGGCAACUUACCAUUGUUGACCAUAUUUGUGAGCAACGCAAACUUCCACUCACUGUUAACGAAGUUGUUUCGCUGUCAGACGCAUCGUUAGCUACCCUAUUACGUGUCGAUAGUGCGACCGAUACAGCCCAAUCACUACAACUGCUAGAGGCCCUCGUCCAAACUGAGCAACGACCACCACUUUGGGGAGAAAGCUUGUCGACAAAAAUCUUACUGAAACUGAGAAGUAUUCGCUCAGCGCCACUAAGCCGUCUCGCCUCGCUCGAAACAGAGCUACCCCUGGUAGCGAGGAAUAUCAGUCGGUAUUCGGAUGCAAUUACUGCUGACUGGUCUGAGAAACUUAACAAGGUCUUAUGGCAUCUCAUGCAGGAAAUUCUGACUGCCUGCGAUUCUCCUUUGACUGAAAUGUUUGUGGCGACUUGGGGACAUCUGCCCCGCGACUCCAUCUUUGAAUCCAUCAGGUUCACUAAAGAAGGCUUAUCCGUCAAAGUCGAGAAUUUUCUACCUCACCUUACCACUAGUCACCUUGGUGGCCCCUUCGGCACAGUUAAUAAGCAUUUCGUUGCUGCAUUUGUGUCCUUGAUAGCGCAUAGAGCCAGUGGACCUAUGGAAUUUCGCUACUUGGCAAAUGCCUGGGUCCAGUUCUCUGUAGCCUUAGUUAAGCUAUAUAUCCCCGACAAAGCUUUUGAUCCCCAGCUUCGCCCUUUAGUUGAAUUGACGAGCUACGAUGAUCUAUUCAAAGCUUUAAAGGGGCAGUUGGAAAUUCUAGAAGAGUACGCAAAGUUUCAGACUGGCAAUCCAAGCAGCCUACGGUCCGAAAUCGCCAAAGAGAAUAUGGUGUCUAUCGGAGAGCGGCCAACUGCAGUUCAGGUCGCAUACCGGCCCAGAACUUCCGAACUCGCCAAAGUUCAGGCGGAAUUUAACAAUAUUCUAAAGGUAUUGCUAAGCGCUAAUCUUGAUACCAUCCUAUCGCAGCAUAUUCUCGGUUUCGAGGCAGCCACCCAAGAGCUUCAAGUGAUUCAUGAAAACGUGUCACGGAUCAGCUCCAGAUUGACGUACCACUUUCGAGUAUAUGAGGAUAUUACGCUUCCAACAGUUAAUAUCUUGCAUUGCCUGGAUAUCGGCCUGUCACUUGCCAAUGAAGUGAAAAUACUGUCGGCACGUCAGACCUCUCCGUCCACGGAACUCUUGAGCUUGACACCUUUGUUGAAUGGCAAACCAUUAAUCUCUACCGUGCGGCUCGUAAAGUCCGCAGAAUCCGAAUUCCUAGAUUUUGCAGUAUUAGUAAGGAGCAUCGAAGGGUUGCCUGGCAUUCGUCGCAUCCAGGACCCUGUCUUUGAAGCGAUUCAUGCGUUCUGCCAUCAGUGGACCCAGAAACUCGAAGAAGAUAGGAAGGCAGAGGAAGUCAAGAAUAGUCUAUAUCGCUAUAAAGGCGGACAUGACGAAGAAGAAGCCGCAGAGAAAGCAGCUUUCUCUGAACUCUUUCCGGAUUUUGGUGACGAAGCAGAAGAGCAAGAACUGCCUGCACAGCCUAAAAUCAACAACGCCAGGGAUAUGGCGAUUAAACUAGCUCAGACACAUAAGGCGAUUUUCUUGGCACCCCAAAACUCGCCAGAGAGUCUCAAAACCCUGAUUAAACGCGUCGCGGACCAUGCCUGUCGGACAAUUGACCGUGGUUUAUUCGACCGAGAUUUUCUAUCAGCAGCCCUCCUGACUCUUGAGAGAGAGGUGGAAUGCCUCACUACUACAGCAAUACCCAUCAAUUAUAAUUUUUACACGGAUUCUAACCCUGUGGAGUCUCGCAAGCUCAUCCAUGUAGUCAGGGAUAUCCGUGCACGCUUUCGCCAGCUUCAACAUGUUGAUGAAAUUGGCCAUCUGCAACCUCUUGCUGAUGUUGUAUCAAACUGUGAUCUGGUUUUUGAGCUUGGCCAUGUUGAUCCGCUUGCCAAACUUAUAUCAAGAGUUGAGCACCUCCAUGCCUUCGUGUAUGAAUGGCAAUUUGGCGGGUGGGCGAGCAAAGCCUACGGUGUAUUACCUCUUUAUACUCGGUUGACCGAUUUACUUGUCUCCUGGCGGCGCCUAGAGCUCUCAACGUGGAACAGGCUGUUCGACAUGGAAAUAAAGAAAUGCAACGACGAUGCAGAUUCCUGGUGGUUUAUUGCGUAUCAGGCUAUUAUUGCAGCAGCAAUGAACCUUCCCCCAACUACUGAAGAAGUCCGAGGCCAUGCUUUGAACUUAGUAAAGGAACUCGAGACUUAUUUCUCUUCUGCACCAGUUGGCCAGUUCGCUGGCCGUCUCAGUCUUUUGAAGCAGCUGCACGUUCAACUCACACUUCUUGUCUCAGAGUUUCCAUUGUUGGCCAUCAUAAGUAGUAGCUUGCGUAACUUUAUUGACUUCUAUGCCCGUUACGAAAAGCCCAUCGCAGACUUGAUACAUAGGGGUCGAGCUCCUAUCGAGAAACAAAUGAAAGACGUUGUACUUCUAGCAAGCUGGAAAGACACCAAUAUUGUGGCCCUAAGAGAGAGCGCUCGGAAAUCCCACCAAAAGCUAUUUAGGAUCGUCCGAAAGUUUCGCGAUGUGCUCAAUCAGCCUAUGCGACUAGUCAUAGACCAAGGUUUACCUGACGUAAACCAGGAGGAAAUUUCUGCUUUGAAAGCACCUCCUGUCUACCUUUCAUUCAACUCAGAUGCUCUUGACUUAUGCCGAGAAAGCGUUCCAGGCUGGGCAGAUAAAUACAGGCGACUAGCUAACGUACAACGUACCGUUCAACUCAUGGGCAAAAUGAGUCAGCUGCCAGAGUCCCUUGUCGAUGCAACUGGAGUUAUUGGUAAUUUCCUAGUCGACUUGGACACCCACAUGAACGAGCUACGAAAAGAAACGCCUUCGGUUCUCAAUGAUGACAAUAAAGCCCUUGUCAGCCACCUCAAGUCACGGAAAAGAAAGCUUUUCGCGGAGACCUUGAAGGCUGUUAGACAAAUGGGAUUUCCGUAUAACCUCGGCCUCGAUGUGCUUUCUAAACAAAGCUCGCUAUCUAUGGUAUUCGUAUCCAUAUCUCCUCUGGCAGAGAAUGAAUUGGAUGGGGUAGACUGCGCAGACUACUAUUUCCACAAGAUCUUAGAUCUAGCCCCCCGUGUGCGAAGUUCAGCCCAAAACCACUCCGAAGACUUGACUACAGCAGAAGCCACAAGAAGCAUAGGAUUAUUCGAGGGUAUUAUAUACAACACCCUUCUACAGAGAGGUGAACUUCGAGCAGCAAUGGAUGAUCUUACAGCCUUGAAAGCGUGUACAGCUUUGCUUGAUUCACUUGCCAGGGUGAAGGAUGGGAACACGAUCCAGGUCGGCAAUGUUGCUAGCGAUUAUCAAACAUCUUGCGUCUGGCUUAUUGAAGUUUUAAGUGUUGGUAUUCAAAUCAUUGAGGCACACGCUAAGUUUGGCGAGCUUAACAACGAAAGAGUUAUCGACUUUCUCUGUGUCUGGAGGGAGAAGAUCAAAUCUCUAUCAACUAAUUUAAGCUCUCUCCCGACUUUACCAGCCGACUUGAUCACUAUAAAACAUAUGCAGCUCUCGCAAGAGAUCCAGUCUUCGCUGAACGAAUUUCGUGACUGCCUGAAUGGUACGUGCCAGGAACGGCCAGAUCUUGCUUUUCUACUCAACCAAAUCCGAUAUUGGGCUAUUGUUCCUGAAGAUGCAAGCGAUGCGCCCGUAGCCAGCAGUCAAAACGUUGAGAUUUUGAUGCAGAGCGUCAAGAGGCUCUGUGACAGUAUACUUGUUGCUGUGGAACAAUUGAGUAAAUCUCUGCCCAAACUCAUUGGCUCAGCCGAGGACAACAGUUGGCUGCUCGACCAUCAAAAGCAUUUAGCGGUUUCAAUUCGGACGCUUCAUAUCGCUCAAAUCAGGGGUAGUAUACAUGAAACGCUCGAAAUUUCUAAGCAAAUUGACUGGCACGACCCUGGUGCUAGCAAGCUGGCGCCGUCUCUAAUAGCUAUAGUUUCUCCUAUUGUGCAGCAGUAUGGAAACAUUUGUAGCUAUUUCAUCCAGUCCUAUGCAAAUGGCCACCAAAUGGCAUGUAAACUGGGUUUUACGUUGAGUAAGCACUUUGUUCACCUCGCAUCUCAAGGCUUCUGCACCCCACAAGAGAAGUCCGAAGAAUCAGGUGGACAGAGUGAUAACCUUGAGGGUGGCACUGGACUUGGAGAGGGCGAAGGCGCAGAAGAUAUAAGUAAAGACAUACAGUCCGAUGAAGAUCUGUCUGAACUAGCUCAAGAGAAAAAUGCCGAUACAGGCCGGGAUAUAGAAGAUGAGAAAGAUGCUGUUGACAUGGCCGAUGAAGAUCUAGAAGGGGACACCAACAGUGUUGGGGACGAACAAGAGGACGAGAAUGGAUCGAAUUCUGGUGACGAUGAGGAUAACGACGAAUUGGACGAAGAGCGCGGUGAUGUGGAUGACCUAGAUCCAACAGCCGUCGAUGAGAAGACGUGGGACGGUGAAAACGAAGAUGACGCAGAAAAAGACCAGAAGGGUGACAAACCGAAGGGUCAGAAAAAUAAAGAUGAGGAAGCCGCCGCCGGUGAACAGUCUGAAGCUCAAGACCUCCAGAAAGAGGAAGGUGAACAAGGCAAUGAUGAUGAGGACGAAGAAGCAGGCGUAGAAUUGGAGGAAGAUGUUCAACAACAUGACGAUGAGCCUAAUCAGCAAGACCAAAACGUUCAAGAACAGGAAACUCUUGCUCUACCUGACGACAUGGAGAUCGAUGGGAAUGACAACGAAUCUCUCUCGUCGAUAAGCGAUGACGAUUUGGAUGAGUUGUCCAAUGUAGAUCAACAAGAGAAAGAAGAGCGGGAAUUAAGUGAUCAGGAGGAUAAAGACGACGAAGAGAUGGAAAUGGAUAUGGGCUUAGUGGAGGAUAGCAAAGACGAGAUGGAAGAAGAGUCUGUGGAUGACAAAGCCCAGCCACAGGAAAGCGAGGAAGCACAUGAAAUUGAGGAGGAACCUGCAGUGGAACAAGACAAGGCAGAUGAAGCCCCUCAGGAUGAUGCCAAUGCAAACAACGACCACGUUGUGCCAAGCGAUUCAAGAGGUAGCGGGCAAGAUCAAGAUGCCGAACAAAGUGAAUCUCGUGAUAACUUCGAAGAUUCAGACGCUCAACAACCAGAUGGUCAAGCAGGCGAGGAUACAACCGAUCAAGACAAAUCUGACGGCCAGAAAGGUAGCCUUUCCCAAUCUCAGGAUCUUCCCAUGGAAACCGAUCCUAGCGAUGCUACAGAAUCUGCGGAAUCCCACCCUUUCAAAGCAUUGGGAGAUGCCUUAGAAAAAUGGCAUAGGCAACAGCGGGAAAUCAAAGCUGCUCAAGAGAAUCAGAUUCAACAACAGGCAAAUGCAGAGCAAGACACAAAGAUCCAUGAAUUUCAGCAUUUGGAGAAUGACGAGGCUGCUCCAGACGCACAAGCAAUGGGCACUGCCACAGAAGAGCAAACUCAGCCAAUUGACGAUGCUAUGGCAAUUGAUGACGACGAGGAUCAGUCUCCGAACGAUCGAGUCUUGCCGGAAGAUCAUGAUCCACCGUCACCAGAAGAGGCUGACACCAAUGAGAUGGACACAUCAAAGGCCGCAGAGCAGCAAACUGCACGGGACGAGCAGCGAGAAGAGCGAGAUGCUGGUGUGACUACACAUCAAGGUGCUUAUAAUCAAGACAUGACACCGCCCACACAUGGUGCGCCGAUCUCAGAAGAAAUUGAGGAGGUAAUACAAGAAACCUCCACGCAACUAUCGUCCACCCACCUAGAACCGGAGUUGCAGUUAAGGGACUACGAAGAGUCGAUGCGACAGUGGACCAGUUUCCAAAGCAAAACACAUGCGCUAUCUCUGUCGCUUACUUCACAACUUCGACUUAUCUUAACACCUUCACAAUCAACAAAGCUUUCUGGGUCCUACAGAACUGGCAAACGGCUCAAUAUAAAGCGAAUUAUCCCAUACAUUGCUUCUAGUUACAAGAGGGACAAGAUAUGGAUGCGGCGGGCUAUCCCAACCAAGCGCUCAUACCAAAUCUUGCUUUGUGUGGAUGAUAGCAAGAGUAUGGGCGAAUCUAGCUCUGGCGUACUUGCCCUUGAGUCUCUUGUCAUGGUAUCACGAGCCCUGACGAUGCUUGAAGUUGGUGAAAUCGGCGUCCUAGGCUUUGGUACGAAUGUGUUCACGGCCCACGAGUUUUCAGAACCAUUUGCCUCCCACGAUGCCGGCGCUAAGGUGCUACAGCGGUUCGCCUUUCAACAAGAUUAUACGAAUAUCAAAUCCCUUGUACGCCAAACGAUUGAACGUUUCCGACUAGCGCGUCAGCAGAGUGCCAGUCGUAGCUCAGAAGACCUGUGGCAGCUUGCUCUCAUCCUCUCCGACGGCCUCACACCAUCUUCCGAGCAUGAAGACAUUCAGGUCCUCCUUCGCGAGGCGAUGGAAGAGCGUAUAAUGAUUGUAUUCAUCAUCAUGGAUGAUACGACGCAGAAGAAGGAGCAAAGCGUGCUGAAACUCAAGAAAGUGAAGUUCUUGAGCAACGACGAGAUCAAGACAGAAUACUAUCUUGACACGUUUCCCUUCCAAUACUACCUCGUUGUGCAUAAUCUUGAAGAUCUACCCGGUGCGCUUGCAGGAUUGCUGAGAACAUGGUUCGCGGAGGUAAACACUUGAUUUCGCAAACGGCUUUCUUUAUGUUCAUAGUAUUAAUAACCUCAACUUAUACACAAUGAUACCACAAUAUAGGCUUGUCAGACCUAAUUGAGCGCCGGAUUAUGUCCUGUCUCUCCGAGGAUGCUACGAAGUCUUAGACACGUCCUCAUGCCUAAAAGAAUGAGCGGUAGCAAUGACCUCAUGAUUUGGAUUCUUUCAGAAUUCCGCUGAAGAAUGUUUUAACGCUAUGAACAUCAUCCAAAGGACUUAGUUGAGCAAGGU